AUGAGAAACCAUACAGCAGUUACGGAGUUUAUCCUCCUGGGAUUGACAGAUGACCCAAAGCUUCAGGUUGUAAUUUUUGUCUUUCUGCUCAUCACCUACCUGCUCAGCAUUACUGGGAACCUGACCAUCAUCAUCCUAACCCUGCUGGAUUCCCAUCUCCAAACUCCCAUGUAUUUCUUCCUCAGGAAUUUUUCCUUAUUAGAAGUUUCAUUCACAACUGUUAGUAUACCCAAGUUCCUGGGCACCAUUAUUACAGGCGAUAAAACUAUUUCCUUUAAUGACUGCAUUGCUCAGUUAUUUUUUUUCAUUCUCUUGGGAGUUACUGAAUUUUACCUCCUGGCUGCCAUGUCUUAUGAUCGUUAUGUUGCCAUCUGCAAACCUCUGCAUUACAUGACCAUCAUGAAUCACAGACUCUGCAUACUUCUUGUCUUCUUUUCAUGGCUGACUUCAUUCUUAAUCAUAUUCCCUGCACUCUUGUUACUUUUAAGGCUUGAUUACUGUAGAUCUAAUAUUAUUGACCAUUUUACCUGUGAUUAUUUCCCACUGCUACAACUUUCUUGUUCAGACACAAAAUUCUUAGAGAUAAUGGGCUUUUCCUGUGCUGUGUUUACUCUGAUGUUCACUUUGGCCUUAAUAAUUCUGUCUUAUAUAUAUAUCAUCAGAACAAUUUUGAGAAUUCCUUCUACUAGCCAAAGGACAAAGGCAUUUUCCACAUGUUCCUCCCACAUGAUUGUCAUCUCCAUCUCUUAUGGCAGUUGCAUUUUUGUGUACAUUAAACCUUCAGCUAAAGAUAGGGUGUCUUUGAGCAAAGGAGUAGCUGUGCUAAACACCUCAGUAGCUCCCAUGCUGAACCCCUUUAUUUAUAGCUUAAGGAAUCAACAAGUCAAGCGAGCUUUCAUAGGCAUGGCAAGGAGAACUGUGUUUUUAUCAAGCAAAUGA